GCUAAAUAUCCAAAAAUACAAGCUGAAAUCACAAAAAGCAAAUCUUGGUUUUCUCUUCUUGUCAACAUUUAAGCAGAAAUUAUAUUUCCUAUGCCAGGAACUAUCUUAGUUUCAGUUCUGGAACUCAUGGACCUUCCAUUCUCAUCACCUUCUUCAACAAUUUCAAUAAAAGUUUCCAUGGGGAAAAAGGGGUACCAAACUUGGGACAAAGGAGAACUUUCCUUCCCUUUGACAACCCUCCGAGACAAUUUGGUCGUUGUCAUCCAGGAUUCAGAGGGCAAUGAAAUAUCACAUGCAGGUGUUGAAACCAAAUUAAUAGUUGAGAAAGGUAUUUGGGAUGACAUCUUUCCCCUUGAAGGAGGUGGACAUGUCCAGAUGAAGCUCCAGUUUGUACUCAAUGAAGAUGAGCGCAACAGAAUUCGCUUGAUGAGAGAAUCUGCUAUGAAAAAGAAACAUGGUGAGCUUCUUGAUUGCAGAACUAGUAGUGUAGAAGUUAGUCCUAAUGAUGAUACUAAAGUUGCUUCAUCGUCGUGCCAUGAGAAUUCAGGUUCGAUGUCGCAUACUCAAUAAGGGGGAAAAAAAGUUCAAUGAGAUUUGAGCAUAACAAGA